AUGGCGAAGGGUGGUGAUGGUGAUGUAAAUGUGCCACUUCGAGCACCACAAGCACCAAUUGAGGUAUGCCCACGGAACCCCUGAAUUUUUAAAAAGAAAAUUCCUGAGCUGUAAUUUUUCAGGGCAAACUUACUGGAAAUCUUGCAUUUUCGGCAUUUGUUAUUACUUUGGCAUCUUUUCAAUUCGGAUAUCAUAUUGGAUGUGUAAAUGCGCCUGGAGGUUUGAUUACUGAAUGGAUCAUUGGCUCGCAUAAGAAAUUGUUUGAUAAUAAAUUGAGCAAAGAAAAUGCGGAUAUUGCUUGGUCGGUUGCGGUUUCGGUGUUUGCAGUUGGUGGAAUGAUUGGUGGAUUGGCAUCAGGAUGGUUAGCGGAUAAGGUUGGUUUUUGGGAAAUUGAAACUUGUGUGAUGUGUAUUUUUUUUUCAAAAAUUGUUUUAUUUUAGUUUUGAAACAGUUAUUUAAUUUUUGAUUGAAGAGCUGUAGAUAUUGUUGAAUAGGAAAAUACAGCAACACACAGCGUGUAAUUUACUACCCGAAAAAUUUUGCGCAUUUUUUGAGACCUGACACAAUCUUAGGGGUGGGACUAAAAACGACGAAAUUCAACGCACAAUUGGAAGAUUUAGAGAAAAAUAUUUUUGAUCUACCAGAAAAUUUCUUGAAAAUUUUGAAGCCUAGAGGAGAACAUGCACCAAUAAAAAUUCUUCACAAUUUUGGAUAUAAAAAAUUUGAAACAGUAGAAUUUUUGAUACACAGAUAAUUUGAAAUUUCAGUUUUCGAAAUAAAAAAGAAAAAGGUUCCUAUUUUUUUUAGUAUCAUUGAAGAUUUACUGUUUCAAAACUAAUUUUAGAAAAUGUUUGUAGGUUGGUCGUCGUGGUGCUCUUCUCUAUAAUAAUAUCAUUGCUCUCGGAGCCGCUGCUCUUAUGGGACUUGCAAAAUAUGUCGGUGUUUAUCCAAUGAUAAUUAUUGGUCGUCUUUUAAUUGGUCUUAAUUGUGGUCUCGCAUCUGGACUUGUUCCAAUGUAUCUCACUGAAAUCUCGCCAAUUAAUUUGCGUGGAAUGCUCGGUUCACUUUCCCAACUUCUUGUGACUAUUUCAAUCUUCGUUUCGCAAAUUUUCGGACUUCCACAUCUUUUGGGAACAAAUGAUAGAUGGCCACUGAUUUUUGCGUUCACUUUGGUGCCAGCUCUUUUGCAAAUUGUUUUAUUGCCAAUGAUCUCAGAAUCACCAAAAUAUACAAUGAAUGUUAGAGGACAAAAAGAAGAGGCUGAAAAUGCGUUGAGAAAAAUUCGAGGAACUGAUGAUGUUAGUGCUGAAAUUACAGCUAUGGAAGAAGAAAUUGCUAUUGCAAGUGCACAAGAAAAACCAACAAUGGGAUCAAUGUUCAAAGGAUCACUUCGUUGGCCAAUGUCAAUUGCAAUUAUGAUGAUGUUAGCUCAACAAUUAUCAGGAAUUAAUGUUGCCAUGUUUUAUUCGACUGUUAUUUUUAGAGGAGCUGGUUUAGUUGGAAAUGAACCAUUUUAUGCGACAAUUGGAAUGGGAGCUGUAAAUGUUAUUAUGACAAUUAUUAGUGUUUGGCUUGUUGAUCAUCCAAAAUUCGGAAGAAGAUCACUUUUGUUGAUUGGUUUGGUUGGAAUGUUUGUAUCGACUUUGUUGUUGGUUGGAGCACUUACACUUCAAAAUCAAGGACCUGAUUAUAAGGUGAGCGAUAUUUUGAAAACUGUUAGGACUCGAAACAUUUUGAACUUUACUAAUUGUUUUCCUUCUAAUUUUGAAACAGCAAAUUUUUUUGGGAAAAAAUAUUCUGGAAACUUAUCGAGAAAAUGCCUGUCAAAUAGGUAUUACUUACAAUACCUAUUUCCAGCUUCUAGACAAAUUUUGAAUUGAAAAUUCAUAGCUUUAUUGUAAUCAAUACAACUAAUUUUGUAUUAUUGUGAAAUUUCAAAAUUGUUUUCGAAGAAGUUUUGAAACAGUGACCUUUUUUUAAAAAAAAUCACAGAUGAUACAAAAAGAGGCCCGAAUUUUGGAAAUAAUUUUUGACACAAAUUUUUUCAAUUCUAAGAAAAUUUUUUUAUUAAAAAAUAUGAUAUAAACCGUUUUCCAACGAUGAAAAUUGAAAAUUCACCUUUAAAAUUCUAUUAUUUUUCAGUGGGCCAGUUAUUCUGCCAUCGGAUUCGUCCUUCUUUUCGUCAUCUCAUUUGCCACUGGUCCAGGUGCAAUUCCAUGGUUCUUUGUUUCCGAAAUUUUCGAUUCAUCUGCUCGUGGAAAUGCGAAUUCAAUCGCUGUUAUGGUAAAUUGGGCUGCCAAUCUUGUUGUCGGAUUAUCUUUCCUUCCAAUCAAUAAUGUUUUGCAUCAAUUCUCGUUCUUCAUUUUCUCGAGUUUCCUCGCAUUUUUCAUCUUCUACACUUGGAAAUUUGUGCCAGAAACCAAGGGAAAAUCGAUUGAACAAAUUCAACAAGAAUUCGAGAAAAGAAGGUAG